AUGUACACUUCCUCUGCUGUCGUUUUCUGCCUUGCUGCCCUUGCUGGUCUCGGCUCAAGUGCUCCUACUAGUGGUGUUACCAUUACUGUUACCAACUCCUGCUCUUAUGAUGUCCAGGUCAACCAAUUGACAAAUGAUCAGACUUCCAAUGGAGAUGGAUCCGUACUCGCCUCAGGUUCUUCCACUGACAUCCAGGUUGCCUCUAACUGGGGAGGCCGUAUCUGGGCCCGUAAAGAAUGCACUGGCUCCACCGACUGCAACGCAUCUGCACCUGCUUCCCUGGCCGAGUUUCUCCUCAAUGGUGCUAACGGCGAUGACUUUUAUGAUAUCUCGCUAGUCGACGGUUACAAUGUUGGCAUGUCAAUUUCUCCCAACGGCAUGUCCGGAUCUGGUCAAAGCUGUGGUACUCCAACCUGCUCAAACUUGCCCGCCUGUCCCACAGAUGCCCAAGUCAAGGACGCCGAUGGCAAUGUGGUUGGAUGUGAAAGCAGCUGCAAAGAUUGCGACGACUCAGAAUAUGCUGCUGCUGUCAAGGCAGCCUGUCCCGAAGCUUACUCCUACUCUACCGAUGAUAGCACUUCCAUGUACUCCUGCAAGGCCACCGGAUACACUGUCAAUCUUUGCUAA